UUUCACCGUUGAACUAGGCCGCCUUUGGGCCUCUCACCGCCAAGAUGUCGUCGGUUAAAGUGGCGGUUCGAGUGCGUCCCUUUAACUCGCGGGAGAUAAGUCGAGAAUCAAAAUGUAUUAUAGAAAUGUUCGAUAAUACCACCACAGCCAUUACAAAUCCAAAAGUUCCACCCAAUUCCGCUGAUGCUGUCAAACGUUUUAACUUCGAUUAUUCCUAUUGGUCACACAAUCCCAAGGAUCCAUGUUUCUCUACACAGGCCAUGGUCUACAAAGACAUUGGCGAGGAAAUGUUGCAACAUUCCUUUGAUGGCUACAAUGUGUGCAUAUUUGCCUAUGGGCAAACUGGUGCUGGUAAAUCCUAUACCAUGAUGGGUAAACAGGAGGAACAUCAGGAGGGUAUAAUACCCAUGAUUUGUAAAGAUUUAUUUAGGCGAAUAGCUGCAACAGAAUCAGAUGAUUUGAAAUAUUCGGUUGAGGUCUCUUACAUGGAAAUCUAUUGUGAACGUGUCCGUGAUUUGUUGAAUCCCAAAAAUAAAGGCAAUUUGCGAGUCCGUGAACAUCCUCUAUUGGGUCCCUAUGUUGAAGAUCUAUCGAAAUUAGCUGUUACCAGCUAUCAAGAUAUUCACGAUCUCAUCGAUGAGGGCAACAAGGCCCGUACCGUGGCAGCCACCAACAUGAAUGAGACAAGUUCUCGUUCUCAUGCCGUCUUUACGAUUUUCUUUACACAACAGCGUCAUGAUGCCAUGACAGAUUUGAAUACAGAAAAAGUUUCCAAAAUAAGUUUGGUUGAUUUAGCCGGUUCGGAACGUGCCGAUUCAACAGGUGCUAAGGGUACACGUCUCAAGGAGGGAGCCAACAUAAACAAGUCCUUAACCACAUUGGGCAAAGUUAUUUCAGCUUUGGCAGAAAUUGCUUCCAAAAAUAAAAAAUCUAAAAAAGCUGAUUUCAUACCAUAUCGUGACUCGGUUCUAACCUGGUUGUUACGUGAAAACUUGGGUGGUAAUUCAAAAACUGCAAUGAUAGCAGCCAUAUCACCAGCCGAUAUUAAUUAUGACGAGACAUUAAGUACAUUGAGAUAUGCUGAUCGUGCUAAGGCUAUUGUCUGCAAAGCUGUCGUCAAUGAAGAUGCCAAUGCCAAACUUAUUCGUGAACUUAAGGAAGAAAUUCAAAAAUUGCGUGAUCUCCUGAAAGCUGAGGGUAUUGAAGUGCAAGAAGGGCCUGAUGGCAAAGUGGUUUGUGAAAAACGCGAUACAAAUAAAGAUGAAAUUAAAAAUGGCGGAGGUGGUAAUGGUGGUACUACUACCAUUAAAUCGCCCAUCAAUCGUAAUCGUAAUGGUUCAACAGCAGAAAUGGCUGUGGAUCAAUUGCAGGCCAGUGAAAAAUUGAUUGCCGAACUAAAUGAAACCUGGGAGGAGAAACUUAAACGUACCGAAGAAAUUCGUUUACAACGUGAAGCUGUUUUUGCCGAAAUGGGUGUUGCAGUCAAAGAGGAUGGCAUGACUGUGGGCGUUUUCUCGCCCAAGAAAACACCACAUUUGGUGAAUUUGAAUGAAGAUCCGAAUUUAUCGGAAUGUCUGUUGUAUUACAUCAAGGAUGGCAUUACCCGUUUGGGUACCCAUGAGGCAAAUGUUCCACAAGACAUACAGCUAUGUGGUUCACACAUCCUCAAGGAGCACUGUACAUUCGAAAAUCGCAACAAUGUUGUCACUUUGAUACCGCAUAAAGACGCCUUGGUCUAUUUGAAUGGUCGUCAAAUGGUCGAACCACAAGUCUUACGAACUGGAUCCCGUGUUAUUUUGGGCAAAAAUCAUGUGUUUCGUUUUACAAAUCCCGAGCAGGCUCGUGAAAUACGUGAAAAAAUUGUCGAAAAUGCUGAGAAUGAAAAUGAAAACGAAAAUGAGAAAUGUGAUACGCAGGAGGUCGAUUGGAAUUUCGCUCAAUGUGAAUUAUUGGAGAAACAGGGUAUUGAUUUGAAGGCUGAAAUGAAGAAACGUUUAGAUGUUUUGGAAGAACAAUAUAAGCGAGAAAAAUUGCAGGCCGAUCAAGAAUUCGAGGAGCAACGUAAGUCAUAUGAGGCUCGCAUUGAUGCUUUACAAAAGCAAGUGGAGGAACAGUCAAUGACCAUGUCCAUGUACAGCAGCUACACCCCUGAAGAUUUGCAAGAUGAAGAGGUUUAUUCGAACCCAGCUUAUGAAUCAUGUUGGAAUGCACGUGAGGCCGGCUUGGCUGCCUGGGCAUUCCGCAAGUGGCGUUAUCAUCAGUUUACCUCACUACGAGAUGAUUUAUGGGGAAAUGCCAUAUUCCUCAAGGAGGCCAAUGCCAUUUCUGUCGAAUUGAAAAAGAAGGUGCAGUUCCAAUUCACUCUUCUCACUGACACUUUGUACUCACCUUUGCCACCCGAGUUGGCCUCGUCUGCCUCUCCACUUCAGACUGAAGAUGAAUUCGGCACACCACCAGUAUCAAAAACAUUGGUUGCCGUUGAAGUUACCGAUACAAAGAAUGGUGCCACCCAUUAUUGGUCUUUGGAAAAGUUGCGGCAACGUUUGGAGUUGAUGCGUGAAAUGUAUCACAAUGAAGCCGAACUCAGUCCAUCAUCGCCCGAUUACAAUGUAGAAUCUCUUACUGGUGGUGAUCCAUUCUAUGAUCGUUUCCCAUGGUUCCGUAUGGUUGGUCGAUCAUUUGUUUAUUUGAGUAAUCUCUUGUAUCCCGUACCAUUGGUGCACAAGGUGGCCAUUGUUAAUGAGCGGGGUGAUGUCCGGGGCUAUUUACGUAUUGCAGUACAGCCGGUUUUGGAUGAAGAAUCUCUGGAUUUCAAUAAUGGUGUUAAACAAUCAGCUCGCUUGAUAUUCAAUGAAGACGAUGCUAAACCACGUUAUCGUGCUUUGAACGACAAGGAUGAUGUUCAACGUUAUAUAGAGAAUGGCAGUGCUUUGGAUAGCAAACUUGAAGAGCUUGGAGAUGUUGAUUCGGGACGUGGCAUUGAUUCAAAUUCGGCAUCAGAAUGUCAGGAGGCUCAGGAUGAACCUGGUGAACAUUUACAAAUUGGCAAAGAAUUUACAUUCCGUGUUACAGUAUUGCAGGCAACUGGUAUUGGUGCUGAGUAUGCAGAUAUCUUCUGUCAAUUCAACUUCUUACAUCGUCACGAGGAGGCAUUCUCCACAGAACCCGUUAAGAACUCUGCCGGCGAUCGUUUGGGUUUCUAUCAUGUGCAGAAUAUUACUGUUCCAGUUACCAAGUCGUUUAUUGAAUAUUUGAAAACACAACCGAUCAUGUUUAAAGUCUUUGGCCACUACCAGACACAUCCCUUGCACAAGGAUGCUAAACAGGAAUUCGUAUCACGACCACCACCAAGACGCAUGUUACCACCAAGCAUACCUAUUUCACAGCCAGUACGCAGUCCCAAAUUUGGACCGCUACCAUGUCCUCCAUCGUCGACAGUCUUGGCAAAACAUGAUGUUUUGGUGUGGUUUGAAAUAUGCGAAUUGGCUCCCAACGGUGAAUAUGUACCGGCGGUUGUUGAACAUAGCGAUGAUCUUCCUUGCCGAGGCUUAUUCCUAUUGCAUCAAGGCAUUCAGCGACGCAUUCGCAUUACCAUUGUCCAUGAACCAACACCUGAAGUGAAAUGGAAGGAUAUUCGUGAAUUAGUUGUGGGACGUAUACGCAACACUCCCGAAUCCUCGGAAGAUGAUGAAGAUUCGUGUGUUUUAUCUUUGGGCUUAUUCCCUGGCGAAGCUAUUGAGGUACCCGGCGAUGAUCGUUCAUUCUUUAGAUUUGAAGCUGCUUGGGAUUCUAGUCUUCAUAAUUCGGCAUUGUUGAAUCGAGUAUCACAGGGUGGUGAAACGGUCUAUAUAACACUGAGCGCUUACUUGGAGUUGGAAAAUUGUGCUCGCCCAGCUAUUAUUACAAAAGAUUUAAGCAUGAUCAUUUAUGGUCGUGAUGCUCGUACCGGUCCACGUUCUUUGAAACAUCUAUUCUCUGGUCAAUAUCGUAAUCCGGAGGCAAAUCGUUUAUCGGGCGUUUAUGAAUUAUCAUUAAGAAGAGCAUCUGAUGCAGGUAGUCCAGGUGUCCAACGCCGACAACGUCGCGUCCUUGAUACUAGCUCAACCUAUGUCCGCGGUGAAGAAAAUUUACAUGGGUGGCGUCCACGUGGUGAUUCCCUUAUCUUUGAUCAUCAAUGGGAACUGGAGAAAUUAACACGCCUCGAAGAGGUUGGACGUGUUCGUCAUUUGUUGUUAUUGCGUGAACGUUUGGGUAUGGAUACAAAUCCGAAUCCGACAACAAAAACCGAAAAGGAUGUUUGCAAUUUGGCUGCUAAAGCAGCAACAUCGCCUGUACAUAUGGUCAUACCACCAUCACCACAGACACCGGUAAAGGACUCACAACAAAUAUUACCUGAGCGUGAGUACAAUGAACGUGAAAUUGAACUGAUGAACAAGUGUUUGAAACUAAUACAAGGACGCAGUAACAAAUCAGAUAACAAUGAUAACCAAUCACAAUCGGAUGUAUCACCCAGUGAUGAAGGAUGUGCUGAUAUGACCGUCAGCUGCAUAUCCAGCAGUUCAAUAGAAUUAUGCUCUCCCGAUCGUUCGGAUGCACCCAAUGGCUGGGAAGCUCCAGCACCGGCUACACAACCAGCCCUCCCUCUACGCUUGUAUGUACCCGAAUUGGAAGAAAUUCGUGUCAGUCCUGUGGUGGCCCGCAAGGGUUUGUUGAAUGUUUUGGAGCAUGGCGGUUCUGGUUGGAAGAAACGCUGGGUGAUUGUCCGCCGUCCUUACGUUUUCAUUUACAAAUCGGAAAAAGAUCCAGUGGAACGUGCAAUUUUGAAUUUGGGCACAGCUCAAGUUGAGUGCAGCGAAGAUCAAGCAGCCAUGGUUAAAAUACCAAAUACAUUCAGCGUUGUAACCAAACACCGUGGUUAUCUAUUACAAACUCUGGGCGACAAAGAAGUCCAUGAUUGGUUAUAUGCCAUUAAUCCAUUGUUGGCUGGACAAAUAAGAUCUCGCUUGGCUCGACGCACACAGGAGACCGCCUCACAAACAGCAUCACAAAUCCAGGCUACAAUUGCCACAAAUACCGGCAGUAAUAAUAAAUGAGAUACGAUUACGAUGGAAUCCGUUUUAGUAUAUUAAAGAACAAUUCUAUCCU